GUCGGAGUCUUCGACGCAGGCACGGAAACGACGACGACGACCCUCGGCUGGGCACUGCUGUACCUCGCGCUGAACCCAGCCUGGCAGCGGAAAGUCCAAGAAGAGCUGGAUGCCGUGGUCGGAAGCGACGAAAUCCCGGCGUACUCCAGACGCGAGGAGCUGCCCUACACAGAAGCGACCAUCCUGGAGAGCCAGCGCAUCCGCACCACGGUUCCCCUGUCCGUGCCCCACUGCACCUCGUCCCCGACCAGCCUGCAGGGGUACGACAUCCCCGCGCACACCCAGGUGUGGGUGAACCUGUGGUCCGUCCACAUGGACCCCGCCUACUGGCCCCACCCGGACACGUUCGACCCCGGCAGGUUCCUGGACGGCAGCGGGAGGGUCAAGGUCCCGGAGGCGUUUAUGCCCUUCUCCACAGGGAGAAGAAUUUGCCUCGGCGAGCAGCUGGCCAAGAUGGAACUUUUCCUGUUCCUCACGUCCCUGCUGCAGCAGUUCACCUUCAAGCUGCCAGAGGGCGCACCUGAGCCAGAUCUGUCUGGGGUGAUGGGAGCCACUCUACUGCCAGGGCCGUACAAGAUACUGGCCAUCUGUCGCAAGACGUAG